AUGCACCAUCAACAACCCCACAAAUUGCAGAAGUCAAAAAGGAAAGAUCGAAGCACAAUUCUCAAAAGGUCACUUUCCUCCAUCACUCCAUCUCUCGCAAGAUUUGGCAAAAGACGAUCAUCAAGUUUAGGAAUAAAACCUCAAGAUUCAAUUAUUACAGCUGCUCUUCAAAGAAUAUAUGAUCCUAGUCAAAAUCGUGAUGCUACCGGAGUAUCUAUCAAAGUCAGAGAAAAUUCGCCAGCAUUAGAGAUUUCUAUGGGAUCCAUCACGGCAACGAAUCCAAAGACAAAAUACACAAGCCGUUGGAUUUCAUGUACAAAAGCUACCUCAUCUCUUUCGGGUUCUCCAAACAUGCAGACAGAUCUGCAGAUACCUCGAAACUCACUUCAAAUCACUCCUUCUCUAUCGUCAGAUAUGAGUUCAGAUGAGGAAAUCGGGGGUCGCAACAUUCAACUUCCUGCAAAACUACCCGAACGUCAUAGAAUGAAUAUACAGGAUAAUUUUAUAAAGAGUCUGAUAAGCAAGCUUACGAAAGAGAGACGGGAGAAAAAGUUGAUAUUGCGAGGCACAAGAAGAGACAGAUAUCUGGAUUCCGUGAAAAGAGUUAUGGAUAGUGGUUGGGUCAUUCAGUCGCAGGUUCUAGACAAGCUCAAACGAGGGAGAAAAAGGAAGUUGGAUGAGCAGAGUAUAUAG